GAUAAAUGCCGCUAAUCGGUGACUUACGGCAGACCGGACGACUGUACGGGGUCCAGCCAGGCGGGCGCCGCUGUCGCCAAAUGCCCCGCCCCUCCUUCUGGUCGCAGCUUAUCAUCCACAGUCACGCAAGCCACAAAGGGCUCUCUGCUCUUCAAACCACAACACUUACAAACUACAUCUAGAAGAAUAUAAAGUCGCCGGUCGCAUCCAGGUGAAAUACUACUACUUGGAAUACAUCACAGUCAUUUGAACAUCCCCAACGCUCUAAAGUCGACGACGCUGGUAAGCCGGGAUCAAGUGCCACCUUGGCAGACCCAGCCGCCGCAUCAGCUUUGACAGCAUCGUACGCCCAACUUCAUCGCGUUUCAACUCUUGCUGGCGCGGCUGUAGCCAGGUCUUACCUGUAUACAGCUUCUAUCAAGUCUUUGAAUGACCCGUUCGACUGAGAAAGACAACAAACCUGCAUCUAUUAUCGCAUCGCUGGCUCGGAAACAGUCACCCCAGUCAUCAUCUCCCUCAGCCACCAUUCCGUCCAAGAAGGAAAGGAGAAAUGCGGCGGCGAAGGAUAACAAUGGUCGAGGCGCUACGGCAAUAAAUAUUGCAUCUAAAGUACUAGACGACAAUAAGCCAGCAACUCCUUCGCCGCCGCCUUUUACACCACCGGUUUCUGACGUCAAGCCGAUAACAACUGCGACAAGUACAAAUAGGCCAGGAAUAACAUCGCCGUUGCUGGACGCUCUACCAUCCCCUGACUUUGGCCAGUCUCCGGGGCGGAGCACCACGGAAUGGGCCAGAAACAUCCCACCGUUCUCGAGCUCUCCAGGUAAUCUCGUCAACCCCAGCGACACUCCGCCGACGGUUCCAUCAUCUUAUGAUGACAAAAAUACACUUGCUGAAUGGAAUCAACGAGAGCGGAAAGGCGUAAAUGGACAUAACCCAUCCGCGUCCCCACCUAGUUAUCGUCGAAGGCCACUAAGCGUACAGAUCGAUGGGCACAAUCCAUUUGAGGACAAUAUGUCACAAAGAGGAUCCAGCAUGCAUCGCAGAAAUUCGACUUAUUCUCAACAGUCACAGCGCUUUGCCUCCCAUCCUCCCCUUCCCCACCAGGCGCAGCCGCAUUUCUAUGGUGCGCCCGAUAUCAAUUUAGGGCUACCGAUUCGCCGCAUGGGCUUAAAACCAGGCUCACAGGGUUACUUCUUUGGUUUGGACAGCAUUAAUACAUCCAGAACUGGCUCGAAACACACUGAGAGUGUGGUUAUAUCUGGGUUUGAAGGAGGCUUGACUGUUAAUGCAAUUUCGAAGUCGGGACACACCGAGAUAUCGACUCUCGAUGGCCUACGCGGUGGUGUCUAUAGCGCGAAGAUUUUGCCAUGGACAGUGAAAGGCGAGCUCUCCAGCGGCUUUCCUUUGAUUGCUGCUGUGGUACAUGGACCUGCAUUAUAUGAAAAUGAUGGCGAACAGGGUUCACCAAAUCUUGGAGCCACAGAACCCGCCGAACAGACAUUUGGCAGUAUCUGCAAUUCAUCAAGAGGUCAUCGUAUGCAAGGGGGCUCGACUAAACACUAUCAAACAACAGUGGAAGUUUGGUCGUUAAGCACGAAGAGAUACGUGGGAACACUUCUCUCUCUUCCAGAGACGAUUCUCCCAAUACCGAUCACAAGCCCGCAUUUCGUCCCUCCAGCACCAGCAGGUGCUUUGACGGUAACUGCAGACGCAGGAAAUAUUGUGGUUUCAUCAGGAAUCACUGGCGAGCUAUGGGUUUUCCGUCAAAUAAAGAUCGACAACGAUUCGUCAAUGAGCUUUCGAUGCCUAGGCAAGUUCUGGACUACAAUUCAACAACCAGCCCCUUAUGAGUCAUCAACCCAGCCUGAUUUCGGGGAUGGUGAUGGCCAGUUCAAUGAAGCCAGGCUGAAUAAAUUACGUCCAAAGUCGACGUUACUUUCACUACGAGGCCAAUGGCUGGCUUACAGCCCUUCUAGUGCAAUGAACCAAGUGUCGCUAAGAGCGCGUGUUGACAUCUCGAAGUCGAACACUAGAAUACCUGGACUGAAUACUUUCGCACCGCCACAAAUGCCUACGGCUAACUGUGCUGUUGACACGCCCCAGGGAGAAGAGUUCUGGGGCCGUUUGCGACGCCAGGCAGCUCAAGAGGCUAUCAAGGGUGCGAAAUGGGUUGGGGACCAAGGAUCAAGGGUAUGGGCGAAUUAUUGGCAUAACCCUACCAAUAAUGUAAACGGAAGCUGGCAGUCUUCGAACCAGAAGGAACCUCUUCCGGACUUUCCACCCACGCAUGGAGCCGCCUUGCAGUACGAUACGUCACAGUCGGACCCCGUUCUUAUAACAAUUGUGGACCUUGGCAAGCUUGCAACGCUUCGGAAUACGACAUCUGCGACUAUGGCCACGUUCAAAGUGCCUCUUGGCUGCAGUUAUAUGUCAUUCUCUCCGACAGGUCUAGCCUUGUUCACCGCAAGCAACAAGGGGGACGUUCAAUUUAUCUGGGACCUGAUGCGGAUACAGCAUACGAAGUCUUCAGCUUUGCAACCGCAGGCUCCUGGGCCUUCGCAGGGUAUACAUGUUCGGCAGAUUGCUUUGUUUACUCGCCUUACUGUUGCGAGAAUUGUCGAUGUGAUAUGGACCAUGCCACUUGGUGAAACGAUUGCCAUGGUCACAGAGCGGAACACGGUACAUUUUCUCGACGUGCCACACAACGCCUUCAUUUGGCCACCUCUUCGUCAUCGCCCGAAAAUAUCGUCGUCGGUGUACCCAUCCAAUAUUAGAGAGGCUUCUCCUUCGGCAGCUGCAAUGGCAAGUAACGUGGCUAAUGCAGCUUGGAACCUCACCCAGCCAUUCUUAGCACGGCCACGGGGUGCAAGUGGCAGCUUUGGCCCUAUUCCAAACCGAACAGGUGCCAUUACUGCAAGCCUGACUGCAAUUGCUGGCCAAGGUGGGAAGGCAAUCGCUUCGGGAAUAAGCAAAUCGUUUGGUGCAGCGACCGGCACCAUUCAACAAUUCAGAAGAGCUGGCGACAAUAAAUUGCAUCUUCCACAGACAGCAACAAUUUGCUCAGUCGGCUGUGUGAAGUGGCUAGGCGGUCGCGGCAAACAGACAUUUGCUGCACUUGUGGAUGGCCAUGUCAAGAUGUAUACGAUUAAGCACAUUAGGUCCAAGAGCAAACCUGGUGUGAACCGUAUCCACAUCGGAACUGCUCCGGUCGAUAUCAGGAUCCCGUCGAUCCCGGAUAAUAAGAUUGCUCCAUUGAUAAAGCGAAAGCUCGAUCUUGCGGACGAAGAGGACCUUGAUGCAGGGGAGAACCGCACACUUCUCUCACGUCCUACAUCUCUAUCUGCAGGAGGCCUCAUUUUGGGAACCGAGUCCUCCAUCCCUCACGCUGAAAUCGAAUCGAAUGCACCUUAUCAGCCAUUCCACACGGAUCCUCGAGUUACGCUAUUUGCAUACUCCGAGGUUUCACACCAACUUCUAUCUCCGACAACUUCGGCACUGUUUUCUCCCCAGCUUUCUACGGAGAAGGCUAACCGCGCCUCUGGUCAACCAUGGGUGUUUGGUGGCCCUAUACAUGCUGCCAACCUUCACAUUGGGAAAGAACACUCUGAUGAAGACGCUCUCAUGUCAUCCGAGUAUCACCGCGCUUUACCAGCUGACUCCAUGGAGCGAGUCACCACAAGGAUCCCAGAUGAUUUAUCGGAGCCCAUCGUCAGCACCACCCGCCGGCGGAAGUCCUCACGAACCACUUCUGAUCUGCCAGAUGAUGAAGAGGGUUUCUUUGAAGAUGAUUGUACUGUGAUUGAUUUCGCGAGUAACAGGGUCUAAAUGCUCAGAAAAUCCUCCCAAAAAAAAACUUACGCAUCUACGUUUUAUUUAUUACUCCUAGCAUUGGUCGGUCGUUUGGUCAUUAGAGAGCAUUGGUGGUUCAUCGAAAUAUUUUACUGCUUCAGAGCAACAAUUAUGCCCCUCAACUGGGCGAUACAUUUUUGGUGCUUUACAUUCGUUAUUGGUGGUUAUAGAGUUGGACUGCGUGCGUACGUACAUAUGGCUGCCUGCGUCUGUUCGGUGGUUUGGAUUGGAUUGGAGAAUUUAUUGAGAUACCUAGGCCAGCUGCACGUCACAGCCCUCAC